AUGACUUUCGUUGACCUAUUUGACAUGACGGUGGCAUACGUGCAAUACUUGUACAUCAUGGUCUCUCUCUCACCAAACAGCUUCCCAGAAAUAAUUCUGCAGCCGCUUUCGAAAGGCCAGUUGGCAUUAUUACAUAUAUCGUAUGAUUAUCUAACGGGGGAUUCACAAAAAAGGGAACAAAUGUUCACACUUCCCAACUGGAUUCCCCACGACAGUCGCCUAAACUACACAUUUAUUGUUGUCAUUAUUCCCAUGGUCAUCUCUCUUGGAGGGUUCUUGAUUGUGUCUUCGACGGGCGCGUCCCUCUGUCUUUUCGCGCAAGUGGUGGCCGUUUUCUUUACAGUACUUGGCGCAGUGCUUGUCUCCACGCCUCGCGCAGAAAAAAUGGAAAUAAUGACCCGCGAAACACAAAGGAUUCUUGUUCUCGCUGGUGGAGUGGGUCUCAUUGUUCUCUUUGUUGCAGGCAUCAUCUAUCUAUUCAUGUUACGUCGGAGUCAGAAAAAAAAGAGACGAUUGGAAAUGGCCGCCGAUCGGGGGGCCGAGCAUCGGGAAGAGGUAUCCGCAAUACAAAAAGCUGUGAGACGUGUGACGCAAAACAAGAGGGCAACGUCUGCCUUGCUCGCUUACGAAGCAAAAAAAGAGGUGUAUGUCCAGGCUCGUAGGUGGCGCAGCAUUUUAAUCCAACUGCUCGUUUGCGGCAUUGCUAUUGCAGCGGGAUACUUCAUAUACGUUACAUUGCCAACAGAAGAUUCAGCUGAAGCCUUGAAAAUAGGCCGUUAUGAUAAAGCAGUGGCUAUUACAUUUUUUGUUGCCAGUAGCGUAAUUGUCAUAUGGGCUUUACUCAGUAUUUCUCAAAAGGGGAGACAGAUACAGGUUAAACUGACGGACAAAUUGUCCAAAGCACUCACCAGUACUGCGCUGAUUGCCCUCUCCAUUGCCUUUACUCCGGUGACACUGAAUAUGAUGAGGUUGUUAGUGUGCACUGAGGUGUCUUGUAAUGAAGGAGAGAUGAUGAUCAGAAUGAAAUCCGCUGUAGGGGGGUCGAGAAACUUUUCAAACUCCUGGGAUACAACUGAAAAACCUUGUCUUGCUUGCAACUUCACGGAGCACACGCAGAAAUGUUCUAAAUCGCUGCAAAUUAAGCUAUGUGGUGGUAAUAUUCGUGAAAAACGUCUGGCAUACGAUCCUCGAGUAUCCUGCCGUGAGAUAGACAACUUCUACAAGAUGUCCAUGUCGUUGGUAUUCAUUGCUUACUUUGUCGCAUAUCCUGCUUUCCUCAUACUAUCAAUCGAUCGAGCUACGAGCAUCCUGGUGGACGAGUACCCACUUGAAAAGCGUAUCUGUGAUGAGUUCAAUAAAAAGGAGCUUUAUUAUGAAAAAACUUUGAUGUCCAGAAACGUCUCGUCUUCGCUGUACGUGGCGUUUAAGUAUCAGUUUCGUCGGUCACGUAUUUUGUUUCUUUUGCAAAGGAUCUUGCUGGUCCUUAUUGGUGUACUGAUGCGACGGGGUCCAGGGUCAGUGGUUGCAUGGUUGGGUAUUAGUCUCAUCACAUGCAUCUGCUUGGUGUACCUGACGUACCUCAUGAUGGUCAGGCCUUAUGCACGUCCUGUGGAAAACUGGUACAGUAUUUCGCAUCAAUUGGUUCUUACGUUUAUUGGAUCUCUCGGUGUUGUGGGGAGUAUGUCGACCAGAGAGCUUGUUCCAAAUGCCGUCACCAUAACUGCGGUUGCCCUCAUGAUUGUUGCUCCCAUGUUUGCCCUUAUCGUGGGGUCUGUACUUACCUUUCGUAACGACCGUCAACGCGUGGAGCGACUACAGAGUCGUCUUAAGCGCGAUUUCGAAACUGUGGCAGACACUGCUGAAAACCAAUCGCCUGAUAACGUGGUGGUGGGUGAAAGCCUUGACAACCCUAACUGCAAGGGGCAAGCAACUGCGUGUACUGACCCUGAUUUACCCCCACGUGGAGAUGGUACUACAGUUGGUUCUGCGCAAUCACCGGGGGAUAUGGCCAAUAACCCGCAACCAGGCGCCGAAGUGAACGAUUCUUCGAACGGAAGGGAGACGGGUCUACCUGCACAGAAUCCUCAAGUUUUAGCAAGUUUGCCCGCGGCAGGAGGUGGGGUGAAAGGGGAUAACACGAGACAAAGAAGUGGGAAUCGUGCGGAUCGAGAGGGGGCACCGGCUUCAGGGCCUUCGGAUGGUGCCGAUAUAGGAACAGCUGUAGUAUUUGCGGAUGAACAUAAUGCACCCGAAGAGACUGACAAGAAGGAAAAGGUCAUGAAAGACGAUUAUUUUGGUGACAAACGAUCCUUCGAACCCCAGGAAUACUUCCGUGGAUACAAAGAAGUUCCACUGUCCCAUGAUUGUGGCGAAGGUGAAGGUGAAGGUGAGGGGGGUGGGAUGGAUGAUGAGCUCUACGAACAGACAGCAGUUAAAAGGGGUGAACUGAAGGCGGUACUGUCAUCGUUAAUAAGGGAAGGGGACGACUACUUGCCUGACGACGGCUAUCCACCAGGGGUGGCAGUUCCCUCUAACGCGUUGGAUGGUUGGCGCCAUGAAACGCAGCAUGGCGAAGAGUACGAUUCUGCUAAGAAGGAAGAUGACGCCACAAAAGGAAAGCCCUCUUGUUUCUCUGUAAUGCUUCGUUGGAUGCGGCAGUGUGGAAAGGCGUUUCAUGUACACAGCAACACUCUACGUUAUGGGGAGGUGCUGCAAAGUCGAAGAACCCUCAAAAUGACGGCUGGCAUCGCGGAGAGGCCAUUUUGGAUCACUCCUUCCGAGUCUCAGUUCUUGGCGGCUAAGGCCGAGGGGUGUGAUGUACCGGCGAUACGCCAAAGCGCUGGAGGUGAUGAGGGUCCGUCGAGCCCAUAUGAACCAAGUCAAUUUUUCGCUAAACUCGUGGAACACAAGAAGAAAUGUUGGAAUCCCCUUGUUGGCCCAUCGAGCAGAGCGGUAACCGCCGCAAAAACAGCAAAGGAAGGUAGUGGUAAGACAAAGGGGUCAAAUAGCCCGAGCAGCGCACUGGCUGUCGUGGCAAGCAACUUACCAGUCGCUAAGGAAGGUAACGUUAACCCAUACGGUCAGACAAUAACCAGUGAUGUCUCAGACCGCAUAUCCGCCAUGCUCUCGAAGGAACAGCUAUGCGCAGCACUCGCUGAACUGAAGGCUGCCGAUUUAGAUCGUCUUCUGCCUCGUGAUCUUAAAGACACUACUGUCACCGAGCGGCGCCCGUCAAUCUGCCCCGAGUUCGCACCUCAUGUCGCCCUUGAGGGAGAAAGUGAAGGGAACUGGGAGGCUUUUGUUCAAAGGCUACUGGAAGACAUACCCGACCCGCUGGAGAAGUAUAGGGAAACCGGAUCUCGCGAGUCAGCCGAAGCUGAGGGGUCGCCCAAGGACACAACAACAGGGAGACGACAAUCGGUAACGUUGGACGCUGCCUUGAAAAUGGCAGGUUCUCCAUCUGCGAAAAGAAAAUCGUGGAUGGAUGUCUCGUCUGCCCGCGCGCUGGUGAGGGGAGCGGCUAAUAUGAAUGCAGAAAAUAUGCCGAAAUUGCGACGACAUUACCUGCUUCGACAACAGUUGGUUGACGAAUAUAAUUCUGAGGCAGGGAAGUUGGAAUCUCUCCAGAUGGCUGUGGACCACCGCAUCGCUAUGAGUAUCAGACGCUACAUGCAAAUUUUCUUUGUGGCGCUUUGCCUCUUUUCAACGCUGUCCCUAGCCAUGUGCAUUGGAGGAAUGAUGUACAAGGGAGACAAUAUUAGUUUAACAAACGCCCAGAGUGCUUACAGUGUGCACAAUCAACUAUUUGGUUACAAAUCAUGGGAGGAGUUCACUCGUAAUUGUUGCUGCAGCAGUUUGUCAUCACCCGCUGCCUUACCGCCAAACAACGUGAUGGCUUUAGAGCGGUGGGUGUGUAGAAACAGACUAGUGAAGGAGCGAGUGCGGCGUGAUGUCCUUAAAGGCGAAGCUGUCGAUGGUUUCAAAAUACGUGAGUUAUGUGGCAUGGAUUUCAAAAACGGAUGCAAAUUGAAGUUGCAUCCAAAGGGAAGAGUUGAAAUUGAGAACUGUACUACGCCAGUUACGGAACAAGAAAUCUUGCGGUGGUAG